UCUACAUUCAGCCAAUAAAGGACACACACGCACACAAACAAGCACCAACUGAUAACUACAGAGGUGUCCGUCAGUGUGUGUGUGUGUUUAAUAUCUCUCUCUCUCUCUCUCUCUCUCGUUCUUCUCACUGAAGACGAUCAGAAGAUUCAGUCAUGUGGUCCUUGUUCGCCCGCUCCAUUCUUCCGUCUCAUUUGGUCAGAACCCGGCGCUCCAUAGCGACCAUCGUCUCUGGAACCAGAACCUCCCGGUUGGUGAGGGACAGGCUGAAGACUGAGGUGGACCAGAUGAGGACUGAGGUACCAAGGUUCAGACCAGGUCUGCUGGUUCUACAGGUGGGACACAGAGACGACUCCAACCUGUACAUCAGCACCAAACUGAAGGCUGCAGCCGAGAUUGGAAUCGAGGCCAAACACAUCAGACUCCCGACCACAGCCACGCAGGACCAGGUACUAAAGACCAUCUGGACCAUAAACCAGGACCCGUCCAUCCACGGUCUGAUUGUCCAGCUCCCCCUUCAGACUGAAAACUGUAUUGACACUCAGCUGGUAACCAACGCUGUUUGUCCAGAGAAAGACGUCGACGGUCUGACUUGUAUGAAUGCAGGAAAACUGUCUCGAGGCGACCUGGACGACUGUUUUAUCCCCUGUACACCCAAUGGCUGCAUGGAACUGAUCAGACAGACAGGUGUGUCCGUGGAGGGCAAACACGCGGUUGUUAUUGGUCGCAGUAAAAUCGUGGGCGCUCCGAUGCGUGACCUGCUCCUGUGGAAUCACGCCACCGUCACCAGCUGCCACUCCAAAACUCCAGACUUAGCUCUGCAGGUGAGCAGAGCCGACGUCCUGGUGGUGGGGGCAGGUCGGGCUGAGAUGGUGAGAGGGGAGUGGCUAAAGGAGGGAGCCGUGAGAGAGGGUGGAGGUGUGGGGGGGUAG